AUGACGCCCACGGUCUUGGUGGCGGUGGCGCUGCUGCUGCGGGCGGCGCCGAGCCUGGCCGCGUCCUACGACGACCUGGCCCAGAUCGUGGCGCCGACGGUGACGUGCAUGGGGGCGCGGUGCGUGGCGCGCGUCAUCAUGCCCAUCCGGGACCAGGGCCGCAACAAGGACGUCCUCAACGACAUCGAAAUCAAGACGGAGUUCGAAGAGUACGACAUGGCGCUCCACUUCACGGGCACCUUGAACCGGGAGAAGAUCUUCGAUGUCGAAAUCUCAGGCGAGAACCCCACGGCGGCGUGCCACUCGAUGGGCGACCAGGGCGAGGACCAGCCGCCGCUGAUGCUGUGCAUGAGCUUCGGGGACAUCAACUCGGUCGGCAACUCGCUGCAGGCGUGCGCCACCGUGGGCGGCGGCAAGAUCAACAACCCCCCGACCGUGGUGUCGCAGCUGGGGUGCUUCCUGGCGGACACGCAGACCAGCUCCAUGGAGCACGCCAUCCAGCCAAGGCGUCGCGCGAUGCCGUCGUAGGACCUGAAGUGUACAGUGUUGCAAUUGUGGACCGCAAUAAAUAGUGUGCCACUCCG